ACUCCAGUCAGCCCCAUGUUGCGUUCGCGGCACCAACUAAAGUCGGAAGUUGAGUGGUCUCCACUCAGAAGCUGCGGUAAAGACAUUUACCACUUUUUUUUUUUUUUUUAAGUUUGAAAUGUGUCCAAGCCGCUUGAAGUAGUCGCAAAACAGACCCUUGUGCUGCUAAAGUGGUCGCGGAAGAUUUUUUAUUAUUAUUUUUUUUUAUAAGUGGCCAACAUGACUUUACUGCACUUGCUGCUGUGUGCGGGGAUGUUGCCGGCGUGCGGAGCCUACUACAGCGGUCCUCUACAACCGGAGAUGUCGAACGGCACUUUCCACCACUACUUCGUGCCGGACGGCGACUACGAGGAGAACGACGACCCGGAAAAAUGUCAGCUGCUGUUCCGGAUGACCGACCACCGGAAGUGCGGUCUGGACGCGGACCAGGACUCGGUCAUCCGCGACGACUUCACCAUCAUCAAGCGGCAGAUCGAGGACUCCGCGCGGGUGCUGGAGGUGGUCGGCAGGAGCGUCUCGUACGACCUGGACGGAGAGGACGGCUACGGGAAGUACCUGCGCCGGGAGACCACGCAGAUCAGCGAGGCGUUCACUAACUCCGAGAAGUCGCUGCUGGAGCUGGAGGUGAAGUUCAAGCAGAGCCAGGAAGGCGAGCUGAAGGAGGAGCACCGGCUCGGCGACGACUUCCUCAAGAUGGUCGUCAACACCCGGGACACCCUGAAGGAGACUUUGGACAUUUCUUUGGGCCUGAAGGACAAACAUGAGCUGCUCUCCCUCAUCGUCCGCAGCCACGGAACACGACUCAGCAGACUGAAGAAUGAAUACAUGAAGUACUGACACAGUAAACCCUUAUUUUUGCUUUACAGUCACACAUUUAUGAGCACAAACCCCAAAUGUGGACUUUCCAAAGGUAAAUACUCAGUUUUCAGUCACACAUUUAUGAGCACAAACCCCAAAUUUGGCCUUUCCAAAGGUAAAUACUCAGUUUUCAGUCAUACAUUUAUGACCACAAACCCCAAAUUUGGCAUUUCCAAAGGUAAAGUCAGUUUUCAGUCACACGUUUAUGACUACAAACCCAGAAUUUGGUCUUUCCAAGUUUUCAGUCACACAUUUAUGAGCACACACCCAGAAUUUGGCCUUUACAAAGGUAAACACUCAGUUUUCAGUCACACAUUUAUAAAUAAUGAAAAAUGGGUUAUACUUGUAUAGCGCUUUUCUACCUUCAAGGUACUCAAAGCGCUUUGACAGUAUUUCCACAUUCCCCCAUUCACACACACAUUCACACACUGAUGGCGGAAGCUGCCAUGCAAGGCGCUAACCAGCAGCCAUCAGGAGCAAGGGUGAAGUGUCUUGCCCAAGGACACAACGGACGUGACUAGGAUGGUAGAAGGUGGGGAUUGAACCCCAGUAACCAGCAACCAUCCGAUUGGUGGCGAGCACAAAACCCUGAAUUUGGCCUUUGCAAAGGUAAAUAGUCAGUUUUCAGUCACACAUUUAUGAGCACAAACCCCAAAUGUGGACUUUUCAAAGGUAAAUACACAGUUUUCAGUAACACAUUUGUGACCACAAACCCCAAAUUUGGCCUUUUCAAAGGUAAAGUCAGUUUUCAGUCACAAAUUUAUAACCACAAACCCAGAAUUUGGCCUUUCCAAAGGUAAACACUUAGUUUUCGGUAACACAUUUAUAACCACAAACCCCGAAUUUGCCCUUUCCAAGUUUUCAGUCACACAUUUAUAACCACAAACCCCGAAUUUGGCCUUUCCAAAGGUAAAUAGUCAGUUUUCAGUCACACAUUUAUGACCACAAACCCCGAAUUUGGCCUUUACAAAGGUAAACAC